UUUUUAUUAAAACGAAUGAUGGAGUCAAAACGGCUAGCGCUCGAGAAGUUAUACAAAGAUAAUUUCCAGCCAGAAGAAUAUCUUACUACGUAUUACCGUAGUUUGGAUUCCGAAGUAGAGUUCUUUCUUCGCAAUCUCCAUCACUUCUUCUUCGUUUCAAACGGAGGAGAAGAAUCUUCCGCCACUGCUAGUGACUUUGAAGGACUGGAAAAGCAGGUGGAACGAGAAGUGGAUGAAGACGAAAAGGUGGCAAAGAAACAUGAAAAGAGGGCGAAAGAAAAGAGGCGUGUCUUGGAGAUCGGUUCGGGUCCCGUGCCCAUUUCAAUGAUCUCAGCCAGCCGUUGGUGUGAAUGGAUCGUUUGCAGCGAUUUCUUGGAACAGAACCGACAAAAGAUCAAACAGUGGUUGAUGACGGCCAACGCGCAACCACCACCACCUGGCCAGAAGCAUGAUGAAACGUGGCUACCAUUCUUCCGAUACGUCGCCCAACUGGAACGGGCCGAAUCAGAGACGAUUUUACUGGACCGAGUCCGUCACUCUGUUCGGGCUGUUGUACCGUGCAAUGUCUUAUUGACUGAUCCUCUGAUGGAUAACAAAGACACCGCCUGUAAUGCUGACGGCCAUUCAUUAUACGACGUGAUUAUCACUACACUCUGUCUCGAAUUUGCUACGCUUACGCUUGAAGAGUAUUCGACAGCAGUGGCCAAUGUAACUAGGCUCUUACGUCCAGGAGGCUUUCUUAUCGUUCAGGGAGCACUGGAAAACAGCCAUUAUUGGCACAAUAAUCAGGAAUUUCCGUCUGUUGUACUUAACCGUGCUAUAGUUGAAUCAUCUUUAACGGAUGCCGGAUGUCAGGCAGUCGACUGGAAAGAAUUGGCAAGGUGUUGCCCUCAGCAAGAGAAACCAGCUGAUCAUUCCGCUGUUUUCUAUUGCCUAGCUCGGAAAAUUUGAUCUCAAGAAUUUGUUCACGUUAUCGAUUCGUAUCCAGCCGUAUGAUCGGAUAAAGUGUCUGUCUCUUGGUAACCUUAGUCGCUAUGUUUGGUUCCUCAAAAAUUCAAUGUCAAUAUUGUCUCGUAUUGAAAAUAGAAUA